AUGGCCCAAAAUGAAAGCAUAUCGGAUCGGACUCAAGCAAAUAGAAAACUUCGCAAAAAGGAGAAGGAGGAACGAAAAUCAAACCUUGGUUUGAAAAAUAGAUUACUUUCUAUCAUCCAUGAUCAUCGUUACCUCAUAAAGCUGAAAAAUGAAAUUUUCAGUAGCUACAAGAUCCCGCUGAUACCAAACGAAAGAUGUGGGUUAUGGUAUAUGAAGCCUUCUGAAUAUAUGACUACGUCUUAUUUCAAAUCAACAGAUGGCCAUAAUCACGAGUGGGAUUUUAGUUUAAGGAGGCUAAAUUUCCACUUACUUCCCCUUCUUGAGCAAAACGAUUCUCUCGGGAUAGUUGACUCUGCAAGAAGUGGCAAACGAAUUCCAGAUUCAUUGAGUAAGACUAUUCCAAUAUGGUGUGCUAUUCUUAACAAAGCUUCAUUUCCUGACCGAGCAUGGAACGAUCUCUUAGUUUUACCACCUGAUAUAUCCCCGCUUGAAAGAUCCGAGAUACUCGCCAAAUUGCCAUUUUUAUUCCAGAAGUUCCAGAGUUUAAUGUUGAAGCCGAUAAUUUUAGAACGACCCUUGAGACCUGUUUGGAUUUAUCUGGGGUGUCAUUUAAAAAGUGAGAAUCUGAAAGAACUACUUGAUUCUGAUCGGGAAUUUCAGCCUCUGCUUUUGAUUACAGUAAGUAUUGAGUGUAAGGACGGAAGUUUAAAGUAUCCACAUUUCACAUAUAUUCAAGGAGCUGCUGAUGAUCAUGAACUAUGGGCUCAUGGUUUUGAUUAUAGAAUGUUGUGGGAAAAUAUUCAUCUUUUCACAGAUGAGACAAUUAGCCAAGAUGAAGUCAGUCGAAUAUGUCAAAUGCUUGUUGAGAGUAAGCGCGAAAAGGACUCGUGUGAUGCAAUUUCCGCUCAGGAAGAUGUUUUUUGGAAUGUGAAUGAUACUACAGAGAUAACAAAGCAUCUUUAUGUUAGCUCCAUUCCAAAGCUACCCUUAACGUUAUCCACAUGCUGGAAGAAUAAUCAAUUCAACCUUAUAAUGAUGUUUGACGAGGAAAUCACACUAGUGGAAAUGGAUAAAGCAGAUUCGCAUGAUUUUGGCAAUCAUGUGAGACUGUACCCUCUCACGUCGAGAACGAAGAUUGCUUCAAGAAAGUUAAGAAAGUUGUUACCCGACAUAGUAAGAUCCGUAGAGAAUGUCUUAUACAAUCAGUCGAAUUCCAAAAUUCUUCUCGUGUGCCGAACAGGAGAUGACAUAUCUAUUGGAGUUCUCUUGGCGUGUAUUGUUUUGUUUUACAACGAGGCAUGGCACCUUACUCCACAAAAUACGGAAGGGAAAAUUGAUAAGAAGCUUGUCCAUAAGCAGUUGGCACGCAUAGUGGAAAAAAGAAGAGUGCAACCAAGCAGAGCUACACUAAAUUCGGUUAAUUACUAUCUUAUGUCUCUUACUCCACAUCAUUAA